UUUCUUUUCUGUGUUCUAUUAUACAUCUUUACGAUCAUGGCAAACGAUGGAGAGUUUUAUGUUCGCUACUACUCGGGUCACAGAGGACGAUACGGCCACGAAUUUUUAGAAUUCGAAUUUCGCUCAGACGGUCACUGCCGUUACGCCAACAACUCCAAUUACAGAAAUGACAGUUUGAUUAGAAAAGAAAUGACGGUCAGUCCUGCCGUGUUACAAGAACUGAAACGAAUCAUUGGAGAAAGCGAAGUCAUGAAAGAAGACGACAGUCAAUGGCCUGAAAAGAACGUUGUCGGUAGUCAAGAGUUGGAAGUACGAAUUGGAAGCGAGCAUAUUUCCUUCGAGACAUCCAAACUUGGAUCACUCGUGGAAGUCCAGGAAAGCCAGGACCCUGAAGGAUUGCGUAUAUUCUAUUACCUCGUACAGGAUCUGAAAGCAUUCGUUUUCUCGCUCAUCUCGUUGCAUUUCAAGAUCAAACCCAUCAGCUAAAUUAAGCAGAAAAAAAAAAGAGGAAUAAAGGACACAAUAAAAGUGAGGGAACCCCGUAUUACAACCGAAAGUUUCGCAUUAGUAAUGAAAGUACUUUUUUUUUUUUUUCUUUUUAUGUAUAAG